UGCCUGCGUGCCUGUGGGGAUGUGGGGAACGGUUGCAGGCAGGGGAAGGCGUGACCUGCAUGGAAAAUGCCAGACAACUCCAGACGCACACACACAUAGGCGCACACACACUCACAAAUCUCCGGACAGAGAUAAGGCGGACAGCGGAGCGUUUGGAAGGAGGCAAAGCCGUCCCCCGCAAACCAACCAGCGAUCCUCCGCGCCAAACCCGCCGGCAAACCCUCCCGGCAGCAAAAUGAGGUACCCCCUGACCUGGUCCUUUUGUGCCUUGCUACUCUCCGCGGCAGAUGCCAUCGAGCUGACGGACAUGUUUGGGGAGAUCCAGUCUCCCAACUUCCCUGAUUCCUAUCCCAGUGACUCGGAAGUGACGUGGAACAUCUCUGUGCCCGACGGAUUUAAAAUCAAGCUGUACUUCAUGCAUUUUGACUUGGAGUCAUCCUACCUCUGUGAAUACGACUAUGUGAAGAUUCAAGCUGAGGACCAGGAGCUGGCAACCUUCUGCGGCAGGGAGACGACAGACACAGAGCAGGCUCCUGGCCAGCAAGUGAUCCUGUCCCCAGGGCCCUACAUGGGGCUCACAUUCAGGUCUGACUUCUCCAACGAGGAACGCUUCACUGGCUUCGAUGCCCAUUACACUGCCGUGGAUGUGGAUGAGUGCCUGGAGAAAAGUGACGAGGAGCUGGCAUGUGACCACUACUGCCACAACUACAUCGGCGGGUACUACUGCUCCUGCAGGUUCGGCUACAUCCUCCACUCUGACAACAGGACCUGCAAAGUGGAGUGCAGCGACAAUCUCUACACCCAGAGGAGCGGGGUGGUCACCAGUGCCGACUUCCCCAGCCCCUACCCCAAAAGCUCGGACUGCCUGUACCGCAUCGAGCUGGAGGAGGGUUUCUUCAUCACCCUGAGCUUCGAGGACAGCUUCGACGUGGAAGACCACCCGGAGGUGACCUGUCCUUAUGACUACAUCAAGAUCAAAGCUGGACAUAGGGAGUUUGGCCCUUUCUGUGGAGAGAAGUCCCCAGGACGCAUUGAAACCCAAACCAACAGUGUGCAGAUCCUCUUCCACAGUGACAACUCGGGAGAGAACAGGGGCUGGAAGCUGGCGUACACAGCAAUUGGAAACCCAUGCCCACUUGUGCAACCACCGAUCAAUGGGAAAAUUGAGCCUUCCCAAGCCAAGUACACCUUCAAAGACCAGGUUGUCAUCAGCUGCAACACUGGAUAUAAAGUACUGAAGGAUAACCUGGAAAGCGACUCCUUCCAGAUCGAGUGUCUAAAGGACGGGACAUGGAGUAACAAGAUCCCCAUCUGCAAAAUUGCUGACUGCAAAGCGCCGCUGGAUCUGGAGCAUGGCUUUGUCACCUUCUCCUCCAGGAACAACCUGACCACCUAUCGAGCAGCCAUCCAGUACCACUGCCAGCACCCCUACUACCACAUGGCCCCCAACAGCACCGCCACCUACACGUGCGAUGCAUCAGGGGUAUGGAGGAGUGAGGAGCUGGGGACCAAGCUGCCAUCCUGCCGACCAGUGUGCGGCCGGCCAGCUCGUCCUCUACCUGGGAUCAUCAAGCGCAUCAUUGGUGGGCGAAACGCAGAGCCCGGCUUCUUCCCCUGGCAGGCCCUGAUUGUGGUGGAGGACAUGUCCCGGGUACCCAAUGACAAAUGGUUUGGCAGUGGGGCCCUGCUCUCAGACUCCUGGGUGCUGACAGCCGCCCACGUGCUCCGCUCCCAGCGGCGAGACAAGACCGUCAUCCCUGUCUCCAAGGAGCACGUCACUGUCUACCUGGCCCUUCACGAUGUGAGGAACAAGAUGGAGGCCGUCAACCGGACAGUGGAGAAGAUCAUCCUCCAUGAGGAGUUUGACAUCCAGAACUACAACCAUGACAUCGCUCUGGUCAAGCUGAAGGAGAAGGUGACCAUGGGGAAUUAUGUCAUGCCUGUCUGCCUGCCCCAGUUUGAGCACGAGCUGGAGGGGCCUCACCCCAACACGCUGGGGCUGGUGGCUGGCUGGGGUAUCUCCAAUCCCAACAUCACGGUGGACGAGAUCAUCAGCUCGGGCAUGAGGACACUGUCCGACAUCCUGCAGUACGUGAAACUGCCGGUGGUGCUGCAUGCGGAGUGCAAGACCAGCUACGAGUCACGGUCAGGGAACUACAGCGUGACCGAGAACAUGUUCUGCGCUGGCUACUACGAAGGUGGGAAGGACACUUGCUUGGGAGACAGCGGGGGAGCCUUUGUCAUCCAGGACCCGGGAACCCGGAGGUGGGUGGCCCAAGGGCUGGUCUCAUGGGGUGGCCCAGAGGAGUGCGGCAGCAAGCAGGUGUACGGUGUGUACACCAAAGUCUCUAACUAUGUGGACUGGGUGGAGAAGAAAACAGGCUCCUCAGAGAGGUGGACAUUUCUGGACCCAGAGCUGGAGAGUUGAGUGACUAAUCAGCCUGCUGCCGCAGCUCCCUUUCUUGUUGUUGUUGUUGUUAAUGUACUCCAGACUCUGUUCUUUCGCAAGCCGUAGCCACGAUGCUCAGCACACGCCAGGCCUUUGCCAGCCCUCCACGUCAUUUGUUUCGCUUGGUCCCGCAUCCCUUCUCUUGCGCUCUUAGGAAAUGCUUGCUAGGGACCUGGGGGAAGGGAGCGAAGGGCAAGAGCUCAGCUGGCAUCCUCAGCUUGUGCUGCCCAUCUCCAAGCCUCCACACUCCCGGGAGCCUCCCUCCAAGCCAGGACAAAGGCACAGCGAUGGAGGCAGCAUUUCCCUGUCACCAAAGAUUUGGGCCGUGCACAGAGAAUUGCCCUCACCCCCGGGGCUCUCCAGCCAGAUCUUCCCAUCAGAGGAUGCAACUGCAGGAGCUACAGAGGCUACGGAGAGGGCAGGUAACCCAGCUGGGCAGGCCUGGACCUCACAGGUCCCCCACGCUGUGGAACACCUUUUCUGUGCGAGGAGUAGUGAGAGACCCCUGAGGGUUUACUAUUAUUUUUAUUUGCAAACAAACAUCCCUGCCUGAUGGCAUCUCAGGUGAUGUCCACCUGGCCCUGGGGAUGUGAGGAUGCAUCCACAUUGGCCCUAAACUUCAGCUAUGGCUGGAAAGCUAAUGGCUGCCAAGACGGCACCAAUCCAAAUGGGCUACCCUUACCCCACCGUGUGGGAUGGGUGCCCCACAGAUGACACAAGGACAGGGAGCAGGGUUUGGACUGAGUGUCACCAUCACCUCCAGCCACCAAAACUUCUCUGACCCUCCAUCACCUCAAGCCCUUUCCAGUCCUCUGCCCAGACUAGCUCCUGGAAUGGUUUCCAGCCACAGUGGACCUCCCAAGGAAAGUUUUCCGACACACAAGACAGCAUCACAUCUGCUGUACCUAAGCAAUACUUAUUUUCAGCAGAAUAAUUCCAGAUAAAAUGCCCUUCCUUGGGGUUUCACCUCUUCUUUAGGGGCCUGGGUAGUCCUGCAUGGCAGUGUAUUUAUUCUUGCAUGAACUUAGUCCCUUUUAACUGCCUUUAAGGCCAUUGAUUUGGCUGAUUGACAGGUUACUGAUGGUGUUCAUGGCUCCCCUGGCCUAUUGCAGGUGUCCAAGUCAUUCUAGACUGACCCCAACUCACCUAACACACCAGAAGUAUUCAUGUCUCCCCAGCCUCCCUCCAUGGCCCAUGCAGACAAGUAAGCCCCACCAAGGAACAAGGUCAGGUGAGCUUGUCUUCCUUCAGCAGGGACAUCAUCUCCUUCACUUGCCAGCAAAGCCCUCCUAUAGCUGUAAGCAACAUGCAAAAACUGCCUGCUGUCGUCUCUGCAUGCCUGUAGCCUCCUUUGGGCCUGUCCUCCGCCUCCUCCUUUGGUUUUGCCAUGCAAGGAAAGAGUCAACAGUGAAUGAACUACUCUGCCAUUUUGCUAUCGUCCAAAAAGCCAUUUGUAGAGCACGUAGAGGAGCAGAAGGCCUAAGGAAGUUCAAAUUUGCAGACACGCUAAGAACUGUACUCUUAGUUAUGUCCUGUAACUGCAAGGUAUUUUUAUAUAUAUAUAUAUAUAUAUAUUUCUUUUUUGAUACUACAUUCUGUAAAAUAUCCAAUGUCAUGUAAGGAUGGUUCUGUGUAAUCUUCCUCCUGAGAACAAAAUAAAACUUUGAUAUAUAGUGA